AUUAACAGAGUAAAAAACUUGCUCUGUCACUCUGUUCCUACGUUCCUCAACAGAACGGAACAGAACUUUCCCCUCCCCAUUCCCCUGAACCGUACCAGAGCAAUCGAUCGAUCCAUGUUCUCCCUCUGAUCCAAUCCCAAACCCUACCAAUUUCAUUCCACUGUCUCUCCGAACUCCAACAAUGGCGAACGUGUCCGUCGCGGCGGAGUGGCAGCUCCUCUACAACCGCUACUACCGCAAGCCGGAGCUCUACCCUAUGCCGUGGAAGCACGUGGACCUCGCCCGCACCAAGGUCGCCGCCGCGCCCUUCGGCGGCCCCAUCGCCGUCAUCCGCGACGACUCCAAGAUCGUGCAGCUCCACGCUGAGUCCGCCCUCCGUAAGCUCCGCCUCUUCUCCUCCUCGGGGCGCCCCCUCGCCGACGCCGUCUGGCGCCACCCCGGCGGCCGCCUCGUCGGAAUGUCCUGGACCGACGACCAGACUCUCCUAUGCGUCGUCCAGGACGGCACCGUCUACCGCUAUGACGUCCACGCCAACCUAAUCGAACCGAACCUCUCCCUCGGGAAAGAGUGCUUUGAAGAUAACGUUGCGGAUUGCGUGUUUUGGGGGAACGGUUUGGUUUGCAUCACCGAGGCGAAUCAGUUGUUCUGUAUUGCCGAUUUCAGGAACCCUAGCGCGGUGAAGCUCGCGGAUCCCGAGAUCGAGGAAAUGCCGCAUUGUAUGGCCGUGAUUGAGCCGCAGUACACGGUAUCCGGGAAUGUUGAGGUUUUGCUCGGCGUGGAUGAUGCUGUGGUGCUUGCUGUGGAGGAAGAUGGCGUGCAGAGGCUCGGGGAGGGAGUGCUGAGGGGGCCGCUGCAGAAGAUGGUGGUUUCGCGCGACGGCAAGUGGCUCGCGUCGUUUACUCACGACGGGAGGCUCUUGGUGACGACUUCGGACUUGACUGGAGUUAUCAUCGAGAGGGAGUGUGAGUCAGCUCUUCCUCCGCAGCAGAUUGCUUGGUGUGGAAUGGAUGCUGUGCUGCUGUACUGGGAUGAUAUGCUUUUAAUGAUGAGUCCUGAGGGAGAGCCAGUUCACUACCUUUUUGAUGAACCAAUAAUUCUUAUACCUGAGUGUGAUGGAGUAAGGAUAUUGUCCAAUACUAGAAUGGAAUUUCUACAGCGGGUGCCUGAUUCCACCGUUUCAAUCUUCACAAUUGGAAGUACAUCACCUGCUGCUUUACUAUAUGAUGCCUUGGAUCAUUUUGAUAGACGAAGUGCCAAGGCAGAUGAAAAUUUGAGAUUGAUAAGAUCAUCCCUUCCUGAGGCUGUUGAAGCAUGUGUUGAUGCUGCAGGUCAUGAAUUUGAUCUUUCACGCCAGCAAACUCUCCUAAGGGCAGCCAGUUAUGGGCAAGCCUUUUGUAGCAAUUUUCAACGUGAUCGUAUCCAAGAGAUGUGUAAAAUUCUGCGGGUCUUGAAUGCAGUGCGCAGCCCUGAGAUUGGCGUUCCUCUUAGUAUUCAGCAAUACAAGUUGCUUACACCAUCUGUUCUGAUUGGUCGCCUGAUUAAUGCUCACCAACAUCUGCUUGCACUGAAAAUAUCAGAAUAUCUUGGAAUGAAUCAAGAGGUGGUGAUAAUGCACUGGGCAUGUUCAAAGAUAACUGCUUCACUGGCAAUUCCUGAUGCGACUCUUCUGGAGAUUCUGCUGGAUAAGUUAAAACUGUGCAAAGGCAUAUCCUAUGCAGCAGUUGCUGCUCAUGCAGACAAAAAUGGCCGACGAAAGUUAUCUGCCUUGCUUGUUGAACAUGAGCCUCGUUCAUCGAAACAGGUUCCUCUCCUGUUAAGCAUUGGAGAAGAAGAUAUAGCCUUGAUGAAGGCAACCGAAUGUGGUGAUACAGAUCUUGUUUACCUUGUACUUUUUCAUAUUUGGCAAAAGAGGCAGCCAUUGGAGUUCUUUGGCACCAUACAGGCCAGACCAUUGGCACGGGACUUAUUUAUAACUUAUGCACGGUUUUAUAAACAUGAAUUUUUGAAGGACUUCUUCUUAUCAACUGGGCAACUGCAAGAUGUGGCAUUUCUUCUGUGGAAAGAAUCCUGGGAACUUGGGAAAAACCCCAUGGCAAGCAAAGGAUCUCCACUUCAUGGUCCUCGAAUAAAACUUAUUGAGAAGGCACAUGGUCUUUUUGCUGAAACCAAGGAGCAUACCUUUGAAUCAAAGGCAGCUGAAGAGCAUGCAAAACUUUUAAGAAUUCAGCACGAACUUGAAGUGACUACAAAGCAGGCUAUUUUUGUGGAUUCUAGUAUAAGUGAUACAAUCCGUACUUGUAUUGUCUUGGGAAAUCAUCGAGCUGCAAUGAAAGUGAAAACAGAAUUUAAGGUGUCUGAGAAGAGAUGGUAUUGGCUUAAAGUUUUUGCCUUAGCAACAAUCAAGGAUUGGGUUGCCUUAGAGAAAUUUUCAAAGGAGAAGAAACCUCCAAUUGGUUAUAGACCAUUUGUUGAGGCAUGCAUUGAAGCGGAUGAAAAGGGAGAAGCUAUUAAAUAUAUCCCAAAACUUGCAGACCCUCGAGAAAGAGCUGAGUCAUAUGCUCGAAUUGGUAUGGCCAAGGAAGCUGCCGAUGCUGCUUCACAGGCAAAAGAUGGUGAAUUACUUGGUCGGUUGAAAUUGACAUUUGCACAAAAUGCAGCAGCUUCAUCAAUAUUUGAUACUCUUCGAGAUCGGUUGUCUUUCCAAGGUGCUUAAUUUUCUUUCCAGAGCUUUCUGCUCCCUUGUUCCCGUUCCCUACUUAUUAUUUUCCUUUUUUUGGAACAUUAGUUGUGUAUAUUGUGAAAAAAAAUGUAUCUUAUCUGCUAAUGUCUAGAGGUAAAUGUGCUCAAAUGUUGUCUUUACUUGUUCCCCCUUAGUUGUUGCGAGAGGCCAUUUUCGUGUCUUCCUACGUUUUGGCUUGUUUUAUGGUCAAUGUACCUGUAUAAUUCAAUUUGUCAAUGAGUAGAGACCACAGCUGAGUUUGUUAAUUGUAUUACACAUUGAUAGAUUCUUAUUUAAUUGAUUUUGUUCGUGUGACCACUGA